UGUGAUUGUGUGUGUUCACUUCAGUCAGCAGCAGGCAGGCAGGCAGGCAGGCAGACGUGCUGCCGGAUCCGAGAAAGUGAGACCGCUGCGGGACACGUCUUCUUUUUGGGGAAACUUCGCAUCGCUACUACUCGUUGACUCGACUCGCACAGGAGUCCGGCUACGUUUAGUCCGCUAUGGAUCGUCUACCAGCGCGGACCAGACGGCGCGUCUUGCCACCAAAACAGUCGUGAUUGUCAUCCGCAGGAUCGGAGCCGGAGAGCUGAAAUCCUUUUUAUUGUAUUUUUUUGGGAGCGAUUUUGUUGUUGUUUUUGCUCUGCAAGCUGGUGACCACAUGUGAGCGCCACUGGGGACCGAAGUUAUCUUUUCUCUCCCAUGGGGUGACCCACAUAGAGCUCCUGAGACGUGACUGUGGGACAGGCGUUCUCCCACCCAGCCCCUUCUUCCGGCACUUUCCCUCAAGGCGAUGUUCGUAGUCCCGGCGUAUUCCCUAGCACGACCUCGCCGAGUGAAUGAAUUUUUUCCGUGAAGCCGCCGUGCUGUGCCAGCCCGUCGCCAUGAGGAGCAGAUACUCCCAGUACUACAACCGGACUCUGAUCCCCUACUACUACGUGUUCGCCAAGAACAUGACCAUCGAGGAGCUGGACAAGCGCUACGAGGACAAGAAGGUACUGACGGACCCCAGCAUCAUCAUCGUGGUCCUGUGCACCAUCAUCAUCCUGGAGAACCUGCUGGUGCUCAUCGCCGUGUGCCGCAACAAGAAGUUCCACUCGGCCAUGUUCUUCUUCAUCGGCAACUUGGCCUUCUCCGACCUCUUGGCCGGCUCGGCCUACAUCGCCAACAUUUUCCUGUCGGGCUCGCGGACCUUCGACCUGGUGCCCGUGCAGUGGUUCAUCCGCGAGGGGACGGCCUUCAUCGCCCUGGCCGCGUCGGUCUUCAGCCUCCUGGCCAUCGCCAUCGAGCGUUACAUCGCCAUCACCAAGGUCAAAGUGUACGGCUCCACCAAGACGUGCCGCAUGUUCCUGCUCAUCGGAGCUUGCUGGGUGACGUCCAUCCUGCUGGGUGGGCUGCCCAUCAUCGGCUGGAACUGCAUCGACAACCUCCCCGUGUGCUCCGCCGUGCUGCCACUCUACUCCAAGAAGUACAUCCUCUUCGUGGUGACCAUUUUCAGCCUCAUCCUGCUCUCCAUCGUCAUCCUCUACGUGAAGAUCUACUUGAUCGUGCGCUCCAGCCACCAGGAAGCCACAAACUCCCCCGCCUACGCCCUCUUGAAAACGGUCACCAUCGUGCUGGGCGUCUUCAUCAUGUGCUGGCUGCCCGCCUUCACCAUCCUCCUCCUGGAUUCGUCGUGCACGAUCCAGUCCUGCCCCAUCCUCUACAAGGCCAACAUCUUCUUCGGCUUCGCCACGCUCAACUCGGCGCUCAACCCGGUCAUCUACACGCUGCGGAGCAAGGACAUGCGCAAGGAGUUCCUGCGCGUGCUUUGCUGCUGGGGGGUGCUACAGAGCGGGCGGCCCGCCGACCGCUGCAUGGUGCCGCUCAAGAGCUCCAGCUCUCUGGAGCACUGCACGCACAAACACGAACACCAGACCACCCCCAUCAUGCAAGACUGCACCACUUGCGUGUGACGGCGGCCCGAAAAAAAGAAACAAAAAGAGAGCGGAUGCAAUCGUGUGAACUCGCAAUCAAAUGGCGCCCGUGUUGGGGUGUGAGACCACUUUUGAACACCAACAAAUUGGGGGUGCUUUGGAAAUGUGAAACUGUUCAUGGGUACUCUGAUGAAAUCAUAUUUAUGCUCCCCUCUCUCUGUUAGGCUGGAUUUACACUGCAUGGUGUGACACAAAUAUGAUGAUUAUUAUUUGUUUUAACUCUCAAGUGGCACAGUUGGGUUAUUAAAUAGAAAUAAAUAAAUAGAAUUGGAUAUCCUAGUGGUUCGCACAUCUGCCUCGCAGUUCUGAGGUCCAGGUUCGAAUUGCGGUUUCCUGUGUGCUUGUGUGACAUUUCUUCUUCGUGUACUAGGUUUCAAUGUCUGUGUGAAUGGUUGUUUGUCUAUACGUGGCCUGGAAAUGGCUGGCGACCAGUCCAGGCUGUAUCCCGCCAGAAGUCAACUGGGACAGGCUCCGGCUCACCUGCGAUCCCAACGAUGAAAAGCACAAUAGAAAAUCUUCCAAAAAUCUUCCAACUGUGGAUUCAAAUCCAAUCGGUAUUCGAUAGCUGACAAUGCGAGUGCAGUGUUAAUGCACAGAUCAGCUAUAGCAUGGUGAGCUCGACAUCUUUGAAGUACAGCGCUGCCUAGAAAUAGGAGUGACCCGACGGACGAGAUUUUCGAGAUACGACUCGCGAGCGCCAACUCGAGAUACGAGCGCCGUAUGGUGGCAGUGAACUCAAUUCAACUCACUUCACAAUAAGCAGCAGUUUGACAAAUAUUAAACAAUGCAUCAAAAAAGAGGCUGAGAGCUAUUUAAUGCUACUCUCAGUUCAAGUUCACCGUCACACUAACGUUGUGGAUUUAAAACAACGGCGUCCAGUUGAGUGAUGCUAAGGUUACACGCAUUAAAAUUAAUGGGUCGGAAGAGGCACCGCAGGCCAUAAACGCUACGUAACGUUUAAUGUUUGCAUUGAUCAAUUAUUGUUUAGCUCUUUGUUGCCACUGCCCUGUGUUGACGUUUGUGUUGUUACUUCUGUGCAUGUGUUCUGUCCGUGUAGACACUACCAUAUGGGCUAUGUGUGUACAUAUAGACGCAUAUGUGCAUGAAAUUGGAAUUGAGCACUUGGACCUGCAGUGUAAAUCCAGCCUUAGAAGCCAAAAACAAAAAGACACGCUUAAUACCACAUUUGAAAGUGUGUUGUUUCGCGCCGUCUUCAACGCAAAGCUUGCAGCGUUGCACUUUUGUAGCUUGUAGGCCAAGCUCCUGACGCCCGACGUCGUCGUGUUUUACAUUUGGGAUUUCCUCUGAAUUAAUGAAUGAGAAGUAAAAACUCUUGACGAUGCUAUGAUUGUAACACGAGCCAUAUGAUUGCUGUUUCUCUGCGUUGUAUUGUACUUGAUGAAGAUAUGAACUCGUGUACGCUUUAAAAAACAAAACAAAAAUGUAGCCAAAACAAAAAACGUGAAUACAGGACAUAAUAGGCCUUCAUAUUUAUAAACCAUUCCACAAUGCACGCCAUCGGCUAAAAGCAGCGCUAUAUAGUCCCAAUAUAACCUUACAUAAAACCCAUUUGACUAACCAUAACCUUCUUCCUUGUAAUGCAUGGAAUUGUAGCUCAUUACAUGUGUAUGAUGUAUUCCAGCCUUGCAUCACUAACCCCCCUUUCCUUUUUUUAUUUUUACGCUCGUCUUGUGUAUCUUAAUGGUUUCCUUUAAGGGAAAGCACAUUUCCUCCAGUGAUACGCUUUAACUGGUUUAUUUUUCUGACAGUGUUGUUAGCAACGUCUCUCUGUUUGUGCUGUCCCAAUUGGGACUUUGGCUGAAUGUAUGCAUGAAGAAGAAGAAGAAGAAGAAGAAGAAGGCGAAGAAGAGGAGGAGGAGGUUUCGGGGCAGGGGUCCCGCAGUCGACAGUAUUACUGCUCAUCCUGGCUCACUGUGAAGUCUUAAAAUAAAAGAAAAAGCGUCCCGGUUUCAUUUGCUCGCCAUAUGUCUCGUGUGCAACCCGAGCUGUAAAUGCCUCCACUAAGAAAAUGUUUAAAAAAACGUGGGACCAGAUCUGGUUUCAACCACACCGAGCGAGCCUGGGAGGUCAGCAUCAUCCUCAUUCUCUACGACUUCCUGCUGCCGUAGGAAGUCCUGUUGUGUUGGUUUAUUCCCAUCGUCCGGUUCCUGUUGUUCAGGAUCAUACUCCCGUUCUUCCUGUGUGUUUUAUUUUUAUUACAAAGAAUAAUUUAAAAAUAAAUCCCAGUCAUUCACACUCACACAGCCCAGUCGGAAUGGUGAAAAGCACUUUGGCAGCUUCAGUGAUGUCAUUUUUAUUUUUUUUUAGGCGUCUGCCACGUGUAUCACUUUUGUCGUGUCGCCUGACUAUAAAUAUAUGAACAUGUAUGUAUGUAUGUACAGUUUAUAUGCGUGUGUUUGUGUAUGAAAAUGUGUCUCGUGUGCAAUAGCCUUUUGUUUGUGUCCUGUAGCACGCCGCCUGUGUCCAUUUGGUACAAUCUGAAACACUAAUGUAGGUACAUUGUUUUAG